ACAAUGGCUGCGCUGGCGUCAUGACGCCGCGGCGGGAGGAAAAUCCAAGAUGGCGGCGUUGGUGGUGGCGGAGCGUCCUCCUCUCAGUUGACGCAGUCGGGACCCCUGAGAGAAUGUGAGACAUGGCACUGUGGUGGGACACAGCCAGACGCACGUCAGAGGGCGUUUAACACGUACCUCCCUCCGAGCCCCUGGAGCCUCUCCCUGCCGUCCCCGCUCCCCCCUCCCCCCGCCUCUCCCACUCCGUGAUGCGCCAUGCCUCAGCCCUACCCCCCUCGCAGCCCCUACUCGGGACCCCCCCCAGUGCCGGCCGGUCCCGCCUCCCCCCGGACCACCCGCCGACCCCCGGUGGGGUCAGGGGCCGGGGGUCGGAGGGCGCCCAGCCAGGAGCGGCUGGUGGCUGUCGGGCGGGUCCCUGGGGCGCCCCCCGGGGGCAGCCCCCGCCCGUCCCCGGCCCGCGCCCGCCCCCUGCCCCCAGGCCCCGGCCCCCUGGACGAGAGGGGGCGCCGGCUGGAGCCUAAGGCCCGGCCCGGGCGCGGCAGCAGCCGGGAGUCGGCGCCCUCCUCCAGCUCCAGCCCGCGGCCCGCCCGGCGGGCGCCGCUGCGCGCCGACCACUCCCUCGGGGGCAAGGGGCCCCCCUCCUCCACCUCCUCCUCCUCCUCCUCGUCCUCGUCGUCCCCCCCCUCGCGGAGGCGGGCGGGCGGAGGGGUGCCCCCCGCUGACCCCUGCGCCAGCCUGCAGCAGCCCCGGGAGCUGCAGGAGUGCCUGCGGAGGCUGAGCGCUGCCCGCCUCCGCCGCUCGCCCUCGCUGGGCCGCCUGCCCGCCCCCGCCCCUCCCUCGGUGAAGCGCAGCUCCUCCCUGCGGGGUCUGCGGCAGGACCCAGAGGAGCCCGGCCCCCCGGGCCCGGCCCCGAGGCCUGUGCAGCUGGACAUCCUGCCAGGCCCCUCCACCGGGACGCGCCAGGGCACCGGAGGGAGCAGUGGGCCCGGCCACGGGCAGGACCACAGCUGGCAGAGCCGGCUCCAGGAGCAGCAGCAGCAGCAGCAGCACAGGCCGCAGAAACAAGAGGUUGUAACGGUUGGGACUGGUCUUGUUGGUCUCAGGAACCUGGGCAACACGUGUUUUAUGAAUGCAAUUCUUCAGUGUCUCAGCAAUACUCAAGGACUCCGGGAUUACUGCCUUCGCAGGGAAUACCUCCGGGAAGGGAAUGUUUGUGGGAAGCGAAAUUGUGAACUGAUGGAUGCUUUCUCCAGCCUGAUCGCCACGCUCUGGGAAGCCUCGAGUAGCAGCUCUGCCAACCCCAUCCACUUCCAGCAGAAGUUCCAGAGGUUGGUGCCACACUUUGCCGGCUACAGCCAGCAGGAUGCUCAAGAGUUCCUGCGCUUUCUGAUGGAUUGGCUGCACGUUGAGAUUAACCGGAAACCGCACAAGACGCCGAACAUCAUGUCACUGUCCGGGAGCCGGGCUCCCCCCGACAGUAUGGAGAGAUUACGGUGA